AUGAGUCUGAUCAGGCGCAGAGACAGGGUUUGUAGGACCCUGUUUGGCCCCAUGGACCAUGAUCAGCUGAGACUCGAACUGAAGCUGAAGCUGAAGGAAACUUUAAAGGAAGACAGCCACCGCUGGAACUUCAACUUCCAGACUGAAAGCCCGCUUCCCGGCAGGUAUCAGUGGGAGGAGGUUCCUGCAGACUGUGCCGCUGCCUUCUACCAGGAGUCCUCACAGCUGAAGGCUGCGGUUGAGAUCUCAAACUCAGAUGAUAUCAAGGACAAAAGCACAGUGCUCCACCAAGAGAACUGCUCCAGCAUCUCAAACACACUCAGAUGUCCGGCUGAAGUGACACCAAGGAAGAGGACGCUCUCUAAACCUGAAACCAAGUCCAGAACCAGCACAAAAAUGACGGAUUUUUUUGUAAAACGCAGAAGGACGUCAGAACACAAAAGCAUUUUAAAUCCUUUUCUGACAACCAGGACAAGAUGA